GCCCGCAGAGUUGCCGCGGGAAAGGAUAAGCGAUUGCGGCACGCGCAUGAUGUCAAAAGGUUCCCGAAGGAAAAGGAACUCGACCUGAUAUCGGUUGCGGAUUCGAGGAAUCCCGAACCAGACAGAGCAGAGGAAGGACCGCUGCGCGGCCAGGAGUAUUUCAGGAACGUGUUUUGGCGUUCGUGGCAUCCAAGAACCAGAC